GUGGUGGUGGUGGGUACGGGGGAGGUGGCGGUGGAUACGGCGGCGGCGGAGGCUGGGGUGGUGGAGGCGGCGCUGGAGGCGACCGCAUGGGCAGCCUGGGAGGCGGUCUGAAGACCGUCGACUGGGCUAGCGCCCGCCUCGAGAAGUUCGAAAAGAAUUUUUACCAAGAGGACAAAAGGGUCACCGCCCGCAGCGAGCGCGAGAUUGAGGAGUUCCGCCGUUCGAAGGACAUCAAGGUGCAAGGGCGUGGCGUUCCGAGGCCAGUCACCUCGUUCGAUGAGGUCGGCUUCCCCGAGUACCUGAUGGCCACCAUUCGUGCGCAAGGCUUCCCCGCCCCGACUGCCAUCCAGUGCCAAUCCUGGCCCAUGGCCCUCUCUGGUCGCGAUGUCGUUGCCAUUGCCCAGACUGGUAGCGGAAAGACUAUUUCCUUUGCCUUGCCAGCCAUGCUGCACAUCAAUGCGCAACCACUCCUUUCUCCUGGCGAUGGCCCCAUCGCCCUUGUGCUCGCCCCCACGCGUGAGUUGGCGGUGCAGAUCCAGCAGGAGUGCACCAAGUUCGGGUCCAACUCGCGGAUCCGCAACACUGCCAUCUACGGUGGUGCGCCCAAGGGCCCUCAGAUUCGUGACCUGCAGCGUGGUGUUGAGGUCGUCAUCGCCACCCCCGGCCGUCUCAUCGACAUGCUCGAGACUGGCAAGACCAACCUUCGUCGUGUUACCUACCUCGUCAUGGACGAGGCUGAUCGCAUGCUUGACAUGGGUUUUGAGCCGCAAAUUCGCAAGAUUGUCAGCCAGAUUCGUCCCGACCGUCAGACCCUCAUGUUCAGUGCCACAUGGCCGAAGGACGUCCAAAAGCUUGCCAAUGAUUUCUUGAAAGACUUCAUCCAAGUCAACAUCGGCUCCAUGGAGCUCGCUGCAAACCACAACAUCACCCAGAUCACUGAAGUUUGCAGCGACUUCGAGAAGCGCAACAAGCUCAUCAAGCACCUCGACCAAAUCAGCUCUGAGAACGCGAAGGUCCUCAUCUUCGUCGGUACUAAGCGCGUCGCAGACGAUAUCACGAGAUAUCUGCGUCAGGACGGCUGGCCGGCCCUUGCAAUCCACGGUGACAAGGAACAGCGCGAACGUGACUGGGUCCUGGGCGAGUUCAAGGCCGGCCGGUCACCCAUCCUCAUCGCCACAGACGUAGCGUCUCGUGGUCUCGGUAUGUCUCCAUCUCUGUCUUUCUUUAUGCGUCCAGAGGGCACUUGUCUUCGGAUCAUCCAGCAGCGGUGCUUGUCUGGUCCGUCAGUGAUACUCUCAGGGUGCGUAUCCAAGAGGCAUCAGCGAUACCUUGACCGUGUGUCCAUGCGUGACGAAUCUUGACCUACGACGCGCUCCCUCUGGCCUCUGCACAGGUAUCCCCAUCCUCACGGCCGGGUUUACUAUCCAAGGAAUGGGGUUCCUUCUGGACAUUGCAGCGGUCAUGGACAAGGCUACCGGGUGUAUGCUCGUUUCUGCCUC